AGACACGGUGGAACUCAAGUUACCUUGCAUGGAAACGUUUAAUAAAAAUCAAAAAUCUUAUUGACAUUCUGGCAUCUACUAUGUUGAUUGAUAAUGAUCCUUCAGUACGGAAUGAUGGAAAACGACUAAAAAAUAUAAAUUUAACAGAAAAUGAAUGGCAAGAAAUAAAUAAAUUAAUUAAGGUUUUAGAAGAUUUUGCCGAGGCUACUGAAUAUUUAGAUGAUGAUUCAGAUGAUGAUUCGGAUAAUGAUUCCAAUAUCGAGAUUAUAGAUUUAACUGGUCCAAAUACCGUUUUUGAUGAUAAUGUCAGUUAUGGAGAUGCACCUGAAGAUGAACCUAUUACUGAACAAUCUAAACUCUGUACCAAUCUUGAAAAUUGUGUUAAAAUAGCACUAUAUCAAGCGAUGAAUCAUUAUUGGAAAGUUCCACAAGAACACGGGAUGUUGGCUGCUUUGUUGGAUCCACGAUUUAAAGAACUUGAAUUUGCAUCUGAUUCAUUGCGCAUUAAAACUCAAGAACAAUUAAAAGAUUCUUAUCAAAAUAUAAACUUAACUAAUAAUGAAGAUCAAAAAGCUGGAUUACAACCAGUUUCAUCAAAUUCGUUAUUGGCAAGAAUGUUCCAAAAUAAUGUUAUUCAUGUUGAUGAAGUAACUAGUUAUUUAGCUUUGCCUAAGGUUCACCCUGAUGAUUGUCCUUUAUUAUGGUGGAAAAAUAAUAAGACUCGGUUUCCAAUAUUAUCAAAAUUAGCAAGAAAAUAUUUGGCUAUUUCCAUUACUUCUACCCCAAGUGAAAGACUUUUUAGUGAAGCUGGCAAUAUAAUGACUAUAAAAAGAACACAAAUGGGAUCAAAUACAUUAGAGAAUUUAGUUUUUUGUAAGAAGAAUUGGCACUUGGUUGGAGGG